CAAUCCUACCAACUAAGCUUCAACCCUCCAGCUCCACCUCACAGCUUCAUUGAAUCCGACGUCAUUGCCGCCGCCGUGCCUCAUUUGACCCCGCCAAAGGCUGAAAUCCUAUCUGAAACGAAUAUCAAUUCUUAAACCACACAUACCUCCAUUCACCAUGCCUCUCACCGGACACUGCCUCUGCAAGGCCGUUACCUACACGGCCGCCGUCGACGCCCCCAUCAUCACUGGCUACGACCACUGUGACGACUGCCAGCGCCAAUCCGGCUCAACCUACUCUCUCGUUGCCGUCGUCCCCAAGGCCUCUCUCACCAUCAACGGACCCAUCAAGAAGUGGACCGGCACCGCCGCCUCUGGAAACGCCGUCCACCGACUCUUCUGCUCCGAGUGCGGAUCUCCCAUCGCCCACGACCCCGAUGGUGCCCCCGAGAUCAUUGCGCUCAAGGCCGGAACUCUCGACACCGAGAUUAAGAAGACCCUGAAGCCUGACACUGAAAUCUGGACCGCUGGCAAGCUGCCUUUCUGCCAGGAGAAGCUCGCCAACGCCUUUGAGUUUAUGCCCUAGAGUAUAGUGGUGGAGAGGAGGAGGAUAACGUACAUUACGACUAGGCUAUAGUAUACGAACAAUAUAGUGAAUAAUUUUUUUCUCAGAA